CGCGUGAAAACAACUCUAAAUCUCCUGAGAUUAUUCCACACUUGGUCUCCUCCAACAGUUCUCUUUUUCUUCAGCUCCAAUCAAAUUUUAACGGAAGAAAUCGAUCCACCGGUGGAGUUUUGAGGAGGAGAUGGUGUCACCCGAAAACGCUAAUUGGAUAUCCGACCUGAUCGAUGCGGACUAUGGGGGCUUCACCAUCCAAGGUCCUGGUUUCUCUUGGCCCGUUCACCAACCUCUUGCCGUUUCUUCUAACUCCAGCGCGGGAGUUGAUGGUUCGGCUGGAAAUUCAGAAGCCAGCAAGGAACCUGGCUCCAAAAAGAGGGCGAGAUGUGAAUCAUCCUCUGCCACUAGCUCAAAAGCAUGUAGAGAGAAGCAGCGCCGAGACAGGCUGAAUGACAAGUUUAUGGAAUUGAGUGUAAUUCUGGAGCCUGGAAACCCUCCCAAAACAGACAAGGCUGCAAUCUUGGUCGAUGCUGUCCGCAUGGUGACACAGCUACGCGGCGAAGCUCAGAAGUUGAAGGACACCAAUUCAGGUCUUCAGGAAAAAAUCAAAGAGUUAAAGACUGAGAAAAACGAGCUGCGAGAUGAGAAACAGAGGCUGAAGACAGAGAAAGAGAAGCUGGAGCAACAGCUGAAAGCCAUGAAUGCUCCUCAACCAAGCUUCUUCCCAGCUCCACCUAUGAUGCCAACUGCUUUUGCUUCUGCUACGCAAGGCCAAGCUCCCGGAAACAAGAUGGUGCCAUUCAUCAGUUACCCGGGAGUUGCCAUGUGGCAGUUCAUGCCUCCUGCUUCCGUGGAUACCUCUCAGGAUCAUGUCCUUCGUCCACCAGUUGCUUAACUUGGAGGAAAAAAAAUCAUCAACUGGUUUGCUUCUUGCUUCCGCUGAAAAAAGAAAUGAAAAGUCCAUUUGUUUUGCUCUCCACUUUCUCGGCUUUCUUAGUCUUAUCGUUGCUUUUGUUUUAUCUUGUUAUGGUCGUAUGAACAACUGUUAUCUGCUGAACAACUGUAAACUCCAAUUGCUUGGUGCAAUGUUAUCUAUUUACAUGUAAAUUUAAGUAGAGUUUGGCA